CUCGCACAUGCAUCUGUCCAGGUAUACGUCCAUCUCAUCAACAGCUAGAUGGAUCGAUCCGCUCACUCACUCGCCGCCUGCGCCUCUGUACAGGUAUGUCUCUGGCAGCACCGGGGAGUUGGGCGUGGUGUACAUGCCCCGGUGUCCUCCGCUGGACACAGCCACACUGAGCCCUCCCGCUGGCGAGGCCUCCUGCUCAUCCGGCGGCUCAUCGCGAUCACGCCCUCCAAACAAGCCUCCUCGGGCGGACGAGCGCCACGUGAAUGCACCGCCUGUCCCGCCCUCACUCCCUGCAUAGGCCACAUACAUACAGACAGACAGAGAUGGAUAAGGAGGGCAAUGGCAUCGCCAGGAUGUCCAAAGAGCUACCGCUCUCCAAGGUGCCGAAACUGAUCACGUUGUACUCAGGGAGAUCGCCGGACUUGUAGAGUAUGCCCCGGAGGAGACACAGCCCCAAGGGCGUCACAAGCGCAAUACAACUAUAGGAAACAGAGGACACACACAGACAGAGACACUGACAGUCGGCCGCGGCUUCAUGUUCUGUGUCUCCGUGUGGACACGUACCCAAUAAUGAACCACAUUAGUUGUGAGUUGCGGGGGCCUUUGGCGGGACAAAAUGUCGCUAAAAGAUGCCCUGCAGAUGAGCAAAGGAGACAAAAUAUGAGCACGGUUAUCAUGUGAUUAUUUCGUGGCCUUUAUGUUAUGACCUGAUAUGCCUCCAGUGACGAGUUUGGCCACGAACCGAGGCGCAGACAUAAGCCCUACGUAUGUGCCCUCUCUGCCCAGCGGUGCGACAAUGACGCUGUAUUCCUGGAACCGUGGGUGCCACAGCAGCUCUCCGAGCGUCAGGACGACAAUCGCCACCACGGUGAGGGGCACGGUGGUGCCCAGCGACAUCGCAAACACAGAGAACGAACUGAUCCAACAACCAACCUUAGAAAUAAGAGAGAGAGAGAGAGAGAGAGAGAGCAUGAGUUCAGGCGUGAUGUAAGGCCAGCGUCUGUCUGACCAAUAUCGAGUCGUAGACGGAGAAGAGGUGCAGAUAGGAGCUGCUGAUCCAUGCCAGACAGAGGAUCAUCUGACCAAGUCGCAUAGACACCGUGAUGCGUGACGCCAGCCGAUGGAUUGGAAGAUUUCCGAGCUCACCAAGGGAUUGAUGGACACAAUGAGCUCGAAUGGAGCAUCCGAGUGAAACUCUCGCACAAAGUACCUGCCACGUCAGCAACCAGGACAUAUAGAGUCUCCUUCUCUUGCUCUUCCGUGUCUCGUGCUUUGUUACUUUGGGAACGUUGCGCCCAUGUGUCUGAGGAGGCCGGAGCUGCCGAGCGACACCAGGCAGGCAACCGCUGCAAACCUCCAGAACUUGGCGUCGCGGAAGGCCUCGUUGACUAUUUCGCUGACCGACCCCCUCCUGAAUGGCACAUACAACCUCAUUGGUAUCAUCGCCGCACUGUCCCUUAUCAUCGCUGCACUGUCCCUUCUCACGCGUGUGCAUACCUGGGCAAGAAAGGCUUUGUCAGUUGUGUAUUCUCGUCGAUCAUGACGUCCCUCAAUGUGAAGGCCGCAAGCACCUGCACAAAGGUCCCCAAGGCGCCAACGAAGAGAUACAGCCGCCAGCAGCAUAUCGGCAGCUGAAGGAGAGGACUCGCCGUCAGCAGGCUCCGCGUAGUGGUGAGGAAGAGGCCGGCCAGUAGGGCCGCCAGAUUAGUCGUGAUAUAGGCCAGGCCGAAUGCAAAUGUCCUCGAUCUCUCCACUGUAUAGCGCCGGAGGGCCAGCUUGCACACCGGGAUGGUCAUGGCCGCCCCAACGGGCAGGCCACCCAGCAGGAAGGACAGCAGCACCGCUCUGUUGCCUGUGAGGGCGAUGGCGAAGCGGCUGAGCACCUCGAUGCUGCUGCCGAUGAGGAGCGAGUUGCGCACGCCGAUGUUGUCGACGAUUGAGCCGAAGAGGACACACAUGAGGGUAAUGAGCAUGCCGUAGGCACCAUACAGCCAACCGGCGGCCUCAUCACUGAAUGCAAACUCCUCAGUCUGACCACACACAGACCACACACUCCUCGCCAUGCGCUUCAUCUGAAUGUGCGCAGGGAUGAUUGAUGUGUAGAUGCAGAUACCAGGUAGAUGACCAGGACGAGAUCCAGCCCCUGCAUGGCAAAUGCAUCGAAGAAGUCGAUGAGAUAGAGCGUUGGCAGCUCACGGGGCGACUGCGCCACCAGAUGAAAGGCACCGCCCUCCAUUGAGG